AUGCCAAGACCUCGUCGAGCACCAGUACGUACUGAAGCAGAAAUCACUCGUGACGCUAUUGCUGAGCUACAAGCCCAGAUGGCUUCCAUCACAACCGCGCUCCAAGCCCUUCUUGUUCAGCAACCAACACCCGCAGUGCGCGAACAUGUUGAACACGCUAACAGUAACAGGGAUGAAGUUGAUGACGAAGAAAACCCGUUUGCAGACGACGUUAACCCCUUUGCUACUCUACACAACAACCGUACCCUAGCACCAGAUAACGUACAAAAUGCAACAGCGCUUAUUCAUUGGGAAUCGGGUUUCAAAACCGAGAUACCAGAGUUUCAUGGAAAUUCUUCAGCUGAAGAACUGCUCGAUUGGAUAGUCACGGUAGAAGAAAUUCUAGAGUUCAAACGAGCUCCAAUGGAUCGAUGUGUUCCUGUUUUAACAAUGCGUUUUCGUGGAAGAGCAGCUGCAUGGUGGACACAAUUGAAGACAACUCGUGCACAUCUCGGAAAACCAAAGAUCAUGUCCUGGGAUAAGCUUUUGUCGAAACUUAAGAAAACAUUUUUUCCUUACAAUUAUGAUCAGCUUAUGUUUCAACGUCUCCAUACCAUCCGCCAAGGCACCCGUUCUGUAGCUGAUUACUCUACCGAAUUUUUUUUACUUCUUCAUCGUGUUGAUGUACAAGAUUCUGAGCGUCAGUUGGUAGCACGAUUUACAGCAGGGUUACGGCAACAGAUUCAACACACCAUCAAUCUUUUCAACCCUCUGACACUUUCCGAAGCACACCAACAAGCUUUGACCAUUGAAGCACAAACAAAAUCAUCAUUCUCCUCUUGGUCUAGUAUUCGUUCUUUGCGUCCAAAUACACCUCAGACAGUACCAGACGAUGCUGCACCUUCUAAUUGCCCCACUAGAAACAGAAGAGGCCUCCUCCUUGACACUGCUGGUAAUGACGUUAAAGUAACUUACGAUGAGGAAACUGCGGAGCCACAAGAUGAAGUGGAGGUUCUUACAGCUGAUAGUGGACCAGCAUUAAUGUUAAUACGUGUGUGUUUAUCUCCGCGUGGAACAGAUAUUAACCCUCAACGACAUAAUCUUUUUCAUUCAAAGUGUACUAUUGGAGGCAAGCCUUCUUUGCCCGAGAAACAACAUACACCAUCAGCUCCAGUCCUCCUCUUGCAGCAAAAGGCUUUUGAACAAACACUUCGAGAGGAAGGAUAUGUUCUAAUAUUGAUCAAUUCGGUUGUCAGAGAGUCUUUACCAUCACCUCCAGAACAUUUUCAAAGACUAUUGGAGGAGUUUCAGGAUGUUUUUCCCAAUGAGUUACCACCCGGCCUUCCUCCCCUCAGAGACAUCCAACACCAUAUUGAUCUAAUUCUAGAUACUGUUCUUCCUAAUCGAGAUCAUUAUCGUAUGAGUCCGAUCCCAACUUUUCUUAUACCAAAGAAGGAUGGAUCGUGGAGGAUGUGUGUCGAUAGCCGUGCUAUAAAUAAAAUUACAGUACGCUAUAGAUUUCCCAUUCCCCGUCUCGACGAUCUAUUAGAUCAAAUUGGAGCUGCAACGAUUUUCUCUAAACUAGAUCUUCGAAGUGGUUAUUAUCAGAUACGAAUCCGUCCAGGAGAUGAAUGGAAGACGGCUUUUAAAACUCGAGAAGGACUUUUUGAAUGGCUUGUCAUGCCCUUUGGCUUGUCCAAUGCACCAAGCACUUUCAUGCGCGUUAUGAAUCAAUCUCUUCGGCCCUUCAUAGGUAAGUUUGUAGGCGUUUAUUUUGAUGAUAUUAUCAUAUUUAGUAAGUCUUUCACAGAACAUCUUGAACACUUGAGAGAAGUACUUCUUGUUCUCCGUCGAGAUCAACUAUUUUCCACACUAAAGAAGUGUGAGUUCGGCUCUCCUGAGGUUCACUUCCUUGGAUACAUCGUCUCAUCAGAAGGGCUAGCCGUCGACCCAGGCAAAGUAGAAGCAAUCAAAUCUUGGCCUACUCCUACUACUUUAUCUGAAACUCGAAGUUUUCAUGGUCUAGCAUCUUUUAUCGAAGAUUUGUGCCGCAAUUUAGCAGUUUGA